UGUGGGUGGUGAGGUACGAGACUGAGGGGGAGAGAGGAGGGGGAGGCAAUCAGCUCAGCACCUCUCCUCCACCAGUGGAGGAGAAGCGCAGCGGGACCGGCCCGGGAGAAGACGCUCACCCUCGUAACGCGCAGUCGAAGACGCGCUGAGGACCGUCCAGGUCAACGUGUAGAGGUCAAAAGGGAGCUGCUGCUGCUGAGGGGGGGACCGGGUUGGUCCCCUCCGUGCGGUCCGGUCCUGGGAGGAAGAGGUGAGAGGAGAAGAAAGGCUCCACCGGAGAAAGAGGGGGGUUGGCUCCCCAAGUCCCGCUUCUGCUGAGAGUCCCGCAACCUUUCCAUCACCAUGGGGGAAUGGACCAUUUUGGAGAGGCUGCUGGAGGCGGCUGUCCAGCAGCACUCGACCAUGAUUGGAAGGUGGCCAGAAAAAGGAGACCAAAGAGAUGUCCGUGUUGCUCUGUUUCUGCUGGAUUUGAUCCUGCUGACAGUGGUGGUGAUCUUCCGUAUUCUAAUAGUAGGCAUAGUGGGGGAGAAGGUGUACGAGGACGAGCAAAUCAUGUUCAUCUGUAACACCAUGCAGCCCGGCUGCAACCAGGCUUGUUACGACAAGGCCUUCCCCAUCUCGCACAUCCGCUACUGGGUCUUUCAGAUAAUCCUGGUGUGCACGCCGAGCCUGUGCUUCAUCACAUAUUCUGUUCACCAGUCGGCUAAAGCGCGCGACCGAAGCUACUCUCUCCUGCAUCCUUACAUGGACAGCCACGGCCACGGUGGCCACCACGGGCGCCAUCACGACCAUCACGCUCGCAAGCUUCACUCUCGCAACAUCAACGGCAUUCUGGUGCACCCUGACAGCAGCAAGGAGGAUCACGACUGCUUGGAGGUCAAGGAGAUCCCCAACGGACCGCGGGGACUCCCGCAAACACACAAGAACGCCAAAGUGCGCCGGCAGGAAGGCAUCUCCCGUUUCUACGUCAUCCAGGUGGUGUUCCGCAACGCCCUGGAGAUCGGCUUCCUGGCCGGCCAGUACUUCCUGUACGGUUUCAAUGUGCCAGGGAUGUUUGAGUGUGAUCGCUACCCGUGCGUGAAGGAGGUGGAGUGCUACGUGUCUCGUCCCACGGAAAAGACCGUGUUUCUGGUCUUUAUGUUUGCAGUAAGCGGCGUUUGCGUGCUGCUCAACCUGGCUGAGCUCAACCACCUUGGCUGGAGGAAGAUAAAGACGGCCAUCCGAGGGGUGCAGGCCCGAAGGAAGUCAAUCUGUGAAGUCCGCAAGAAGGAUGUUUCACACCUGUCCCAGACCCCAAACCUGGGCAGGACCCAGUCUAGUGAGUCAGCCUACGUCUGACAGAGGCUCCCCUGCCUGGGGGCUCGAGGACCUCUUACAUUUUGGAGAAGAGUUUUCCCCUGGCCCAGAACCCCCGAUCAUUAGGGCACAAGAUCACCACUGCAUUAUUAUUCAGGAGCACAGACGGACUCUGUGUAGUCGUGACGAAGCAUCAAUUCAUUCAAGUAGAGUCUUUGACACUUCAGGAAGAAAGGACCGCCGUCCUAAAAAGGCUCCUGUCUUGCUGCAACAGAGGAUACACACAAAUCUUACAUGAUGCCUAGGUGACACUAGGGGCCUUCAAAGAACCCAACAGACAAAAAUGAGCAAUUGUUAAUGAUAUUAAAAUACUGUAAAAAUAGUUUGAGGUUGAGGUCUUUUGAAGUUCUUCAUUAUUUGCCUUGGCUGUAGGUCAGAAAUAAUCCCCUUAUUUUCUAAUUAUGUGCAUAUGCAAAUGCUUAAGCGUGUGCAUGCAUACGCAUGUGAGUGGGGGAAGAAAAGCCAACGUCUGAUUUAAGUCAGAAAAUUCAAUGUUGAGCUAAUCUGAGCUUGUGGGUGAAAGAUACUGUUAUUUGUCCAUGAUCUUGGAGUGAUGUCACUCGAUGGACAAACGAGCACCUUUCAAAUCAUGUUGUCAGGAAUUCCCACAGAGUGAAACACAAAAACCAACAGCACUAAAGCUUUCAGCGGAAACUGGAACACAGUAUUUGUUGUCAGUGUACCAGGCUUUUUUUUCUUAAAAAUCACUGCUUUUUGUUCAUAUUCUUAGCUGCCAAUCAUACGGCAGACUGACAUGCCUGGGAGCUUUUGUUUAAAGUGAGACACAUGGUGCAUUGAAGAUGAGUUAGAUUAACUUUUCAACACUUUGUCACGCACCACAAUGCUCUCCAUGCCAGCGAGGCGCACUGUUUACUACCACAACCAACUGAAAACAGUCAAGAAAAGUGUGCCGGCGUUUCCAUUUUGGCUCAUUAAGUCUGUCUCUGUCUAAGGGGCUGAAUGGAGUUAUAUAAAAACUUUUUCAGUUCAACAAGAGAAACUAUUGUAGUCACAAAUAUUUUAACAUGUAACCUCAAGCUUUUUUUCACAAGCUGAAUUGGUGCCAUAUUUCAAAGUAUGUGUACAUAGAUAAAAUGUAUGAAUUACACUUUGCCUUUUUCCCUAUGCGAUGUAGUUGGGCUUCACUGAUGAGGAGCAGGGGUUUGGGUGGUAAUGAAGAUUAAUCAUAUAUUGCCAGCUUUAACAAUAUGUAUUAAUAAUGUGCCCUUUGUUAAGCCUUUGCCCUCUAAUGGAGACUAUAUGUUCCAAAAAGUGUCCCCUCCCCAGACCCUGCGCCCCUAUGGACUUUGAAAAAGGCAUGUUACCGAAGCAUUAAUAGAAUGGAUAGAUUAUGACAUGUAACUUAAAAAGAUACUGUUUUAUUUAUUUGCAUCCUGCUCCUGUGAAAUGUUAUACUCAGCAUGCAUGAAGAUGAAAACUAUAAAGAGAUAUGAAAAUAGAAUCCCAUUUGUGGGAAUAUUGAAAGUGAAUAUAUGAAAGGCUCCAGAACUGCAGCAAUAAUAUUAUAAAGUAUGUGAAAAAGACAUGUGAAUAAAUUAUUAUGCAAACAGA